AUGGAUGCGUCCGUGUGGCGGGUGCCGCCGCCGCCGCCGCCGCCUUUUCCUGACUGGGCCUCGCAAGGCCACUGGCUUCCUUCCCCGCCUCCUCCUCCGGGGCCGUGGCCUCCUCCUUGGUCCCAGCCGCCAGGCAGAAAUUUCCAUUUUGAUAGAGAAUGGCAAAUGGAACAAGCUGGAAUGCCACGUGCUGGAUCCUGUCAAGGCAGGAAUGGCAGACAGAAGAAUAGGAAGCGAAAAGAACCAGUUUAUACUCAUUAUUGUGAUACAUGUGAUCGUGGCUUUAAAAACAAGGAGAAAUAUGAAGAACAUGUCUCUCAGCACAGGCAGUGUACAGAAGAUGGCUGCACUUUUAGCGCACAUGAAAAAUUGGUUCGGAUUCACUGGGAAAAUAUGCAUUCUCCUGGUGCCAAACAAAUCAAGUUAGAUACUCCAGAUGAAAUUGCUAAAUGGAGGGAGGAUAGAAGAAAAAAUUUUCCUACUUUGGCAAAUAUUGAAAAGAAGAAAGCAAUGGAGGUGGAAAAGGAGCAAAGAGGAGGAGUACUGAAAACACUUCAGUUUGGCAAGAUGAAAGGAAUAUGGAAACCUCCUCAAGCUGUGGCUUCUAGGCAACGAGGAAAAGCAAGAAGGCAGACAAAUGGCUGCUGGAACAAAUCUAAUCAUCCCUUGAAGGCUCCCGCUGCAGCUGUGACUGGUCCAAAUAACCAUGGGACCGAGAAGGAAAUUGGAAAAGAGCUUUCUGGAGAAGCAGAUACCUCUAUGAGAGAUGUAGAUCCCCUUAGCAUUCUGGCCAGAAACGAUCCUGAUUCAGACAAAGAGGGGUGCACUGAAAAAAAUGCAGCUUUGGCGAUGACUGUUGUUCCAAAGCAGGUGACCUCGGCUCUGAGCUCACUAGUGGCCAACUAUGGCAGCAUGUCGGAAAGUGAGAGUGAACAAGAGGAACCAAUCAAGACCGCAGCAAAAGUAUUUUGUGAAAACAAGACAUCUCUCAGAAGUGUCCCUCCAUCUUCAAGCAUCUCCCAGAGCUUUAAAGACACAGGCCAUAAAGAAGCUGCUAAUUAUGCAGACGCAGCACCGGGGAGGCCGGAUUCACAUGCAGUACAUUCCAGGAGUCUGAACAGACAGAGGAAAUCAUUUUCUGAAUUACCACGCCGUCAUCCAACCCUGCUGGAAAUGCUACUAGCAAAGGACAUACGGCAUGAAAGGAAUGUGAUUCUGCAGUGCAUUCGCUAUAUUCUCCAAAAUGAUAUCUUUGGACUCUACUCACAGACUGAUUCGAGAGCUUGCAUGGAGACUGGACAGACUUCUCAAGAUACGAAAGGCAGGCAAACUGAAUCUAACAGCUCUCAUAGUUUUGACAAUAAAUUAGCAGAGCAGAAUGAAUUACUUGUAGGUCAAAGUAAGGAGCCAUCUGUAUCCUGCACAGCACAAACUUACGCUGUUGAUGAGGAGAUUUGGGAAACCACAGAAAUACACUGUAAAGAAAACGAACUUGAUAGUUCUGCAUAACCAGACCUAUUUUGGGAUUCUUUCUGAAAGUCAGCAAAUUAUAUAGGAGCUCAAAAUAUUUUGACAGAACUAAAUCAGCCCUUCUAAUGUAAACCUGCAUCGACAUCCAUCCUGUUACUAUUUUGAUCUUGUAGAUUUUCCCCCCUUGAGGGUUUUAUUUUUAUGCCUGAGGAGUUUAAAUGGACAUUAACCGCAUUAAAUCAAUAUUCAUGUGAUUUCUAUUAUAGACAUGACAGCAACAUUCAUUGUUGUUGCCCUUCUUCCCUAUGGUCUCAGGCACUUUUCCUCCCUCCCCAAAGUGUAACAGCCGUGGAGACAGAUUGUGGGAAGGGAAGGCAGGAAGAGGGUUUGGCUUUCCUCCCCUCUGUGCUCUUUCGAUGUUCAUAUUAGACAUGCCCCCAUCUCAUCCUCCCAUUUUAUUCAUGAAUGUGAUACUCAUGAAAUGUGGCUGCCACUAUUGUGCCCAAUGUGGCCCCUAGAGUAUCUUAAUUUCUGAAGUAUCAGAAAGAUGGAACAUUAAAAAUUAGCCUUGCAAAUAUUUAUCCAAUCUUAACACUAGUUUUGUUGUCUUGAGCAGCAGGCUGAAGGACGCAUUAUCUCCCUACCUGCCUCUGACCAGAUUGGAUUGUUUUAUUUUUAUUACGGUUGUCCCCAGCAAUGUGGUACAAUUUAAAAAAGCUUUAUAUUUUUAAUUAUUAGUGGAGCAAUAUGCACCAAGUUGCUUGGAUUAAAAGUAUGUUUUUUACAAAAAUAUGUACUGUAUUCCUUCCCACACUCCCACUUUUGUCCUACAGAUGUAAUACAUUAACACUUAAUAAACUGUUGGUGCAGAAACUGA